AUGGCAUUGGUCAUCACCGUAGAGCGGUUGGCACUGUCAUGCACCGACGGGAUUCACUGCCGAGGAGCGCACCAUGUGGCGAAAAGGCCAGAAGCAUUCAAGCACGAUGUCUUUCGGCAGACCGAUAGAGAGCCGGGAUUCUUGUCCAUUGAGGCACCUAGCAAUAUCCUGGCAACUGAGUCUGUCCCCGACUCGGCUGGUCGAUCAAAAAGUGCGCCCGAGUCCGAUUGCGCGCAGUUCCCCGACACCUCAAAGAUCCUGCUGGUCAUGAAAACAGGAGCUUCUGAAGCCUUUUCGAAAGUGCCAGCCCAGUUGACAACGAAUCUGAAAUGCUUGCCCGAGUUCCUCAUCUUCAGCGAUAUGGAACAAGAGAUUGGAGGACACAAAAUCUACGACAGCCUCGACACAGUCUUGGAUCCGGUGAAGACGAGUAACCAAGAUUUUGAUGCUUAUUUUCGACAACGUCAAUGUGCGGUCGAUCAAGAAAGCUGCAACCGGAACAUGGAUUUCAAACAAGAAGGAUGGGACUUGGACAAGUACAAGAAUAUCCAUAUUGCGGAAAAGGCGUUCAACACGAGACCCAACUAUGACUGGUAUUUGUUUGUUGAUGCCGGCGCCUAUGUGGUGUGGCCAACAAUGGUGCGUUGGUUAGAACAAUUGGAUCAUAAUGAUCCCAUGUAUAUCGGCAGCAAAACAUGGGUAGGCAACUCCCCUUUCGGCGACGGGGGCAGCGGCUACGUCGUCUCUAAUAGAGCCAUGCGCGACUUCUUUGAGGAUGAGCAUAAUGUGGCCAACCGAUGGGACGAAGCUACAAAACGCCAUUGCUGUGGCGAUCUCAUGUUUGCAAAAGCAUUGAAAGAGGCCACAGGUAUCAGCGUGAAUGACACGUGGCCAACAACAAAUGCAGAGAAGCCGUUUACCAUUCAUUAUUCUAGCAAGCAGUGGUGCCAACCCAUCGCAACCAUGAACCAUCUAGGAAGCGAGGAAUUGUCUACGUUGUGCGCUUUUGAACGAGAGCAAAAGUUCGCCUCCCCUAUGCGUAUCAGGGACCUCUACCAUCACUUCGUGGCACCGCGACUUGUGCCUAUUCGGCCAGACUGGGAUAAUUUGAGCGACGAUGUCUUUUACUUGGACAUUUCGGAAAAUUCACAUGACCAUUAUCAGCUCCGAAAGGCGAAACUAGAAGGCUUGUCGCCUCUUGAGAAGUCAGCCCACUUGAGCUUCGACAGUUGUCAACGAGCUUGCCAAGUUGAUUCAGCCUGUCUGCAGUAUAGAUAUCACGACGGCAUCUGUGGAUUCAGCCGGACAAUCAAGCACGGCCUUCCGAAACCGAAAACAAAUCAAAUGUCUGACCGGUGGAUGAGCGGAUGGGACGUCGACAAGAUUCAAGCAUGGGUGCAGGAGCACGAUGACUGCGGUGAUGAGAUUCAGUGGCCCCUGGUCCAGACGCCGCAGCUUUGA